GCAGACGGUUUUAAAGUAAGGGGGCGGUAACUCGUGCGGCCCCAGACGUAAUGGAUAGUCUCGAGCAGGAGUGGAAUUUCAAGGCGAGUGCCCCGUCAAGUUAUGUGGUUCGCAGGGUGAGGAACUUGUAAGUGCCGAAUGUGUGUUGACAUGAGGCAGGAGCUGGCGCGAGUCAUCACUACCCUCCUCACCUGCAGCCUCCUCCUCACCGACGUGCGGGCUGACUGGAGACCCAACAUUGUGGUCAUAGUGGCCGAUGACCUGGGCUACCACGACGUCGGCUACCACGGCGCCAAAAUCAGAACCCCCAAUAUCGAUCGAUUGGCUAAAGAAGGAGUUCGCCUGGAGAACUAUUACGUACAGCCGGUGUGUACACCGAGCCGGAGUCAGCUGAUGACAGGGAGGUACUCUAUACACACAGGGCUCCAGCAUGGAGUAAUCAUGCCAACGCAACCCAGCGCCCUGCCGCUAGACUCCCCAACCCUGGCUGACAAACUCAAGGAGGUGGGCUACACAACGCUGGCAGUGGGCAAGUGGCACCUGGGGCACUACAUGAAGAAGUACUUGCCCACACGUCGGGGCUUCGACAGAUUCUUUGGCUUUUACAUGGGGAGUCUGGACCAUUACACACACAGCCGCUGCAUGUAUCGCCGCUGUGCCGUGGACCUCCACGACGACACGCCUACGACUUUCCGGAACGUCUUCAACGAAAGCGGAGUCUACUCCACGCAACUGUUCACCAGGAAAGCGGUGGACUUGAUCAAUGCGCACAGCAGAAAGAAGCCGUUCUUCCUACACCUGGCCUAUCAGGCUGUGCACACACCAUUACAGGUGCCGAAAAAGUACACCAAAUAUUACUCCAAACUAAUGCGCCCCAAGAGGCGACUGUAUGCAGCGAUGACCACGGCCAUGGAUGAAGGAGUCGGACAAGUGGUCAACGCCAUCAAACGUAAAGGGCUUUGGAAGAACACAGUGUUGGUAUUCACCACAGACAAUGGCGCCAACCCCGGUCAUGGGGGCUCCAAUUUCCCCUUACGGGGUAAGAAGAACCAGUUUUUUGAAGGUGGCAUCAAGGGCGUGGCCUUCGUAGCAAGUCCUCUGCUUAAAGUCAAGAACUACAUCAACAGGGGCCUGAUGCAUGUGUCGGAUUGGUUCCCUACUCUCAUACAUGUGGCAGGAGGGAACCUUAGAGGAACCAAAAAUGUAUCAGGCAUCAAUCAAUGGAACACAAUCAGCAAACAUCAACCUUCCAAAAGACACAUGAUACUGCACGGCAUUGACCCCAUGGAUACAGUCCUUUCAACAACAUUUACAAGUUUCAACAAGACUUUUGACAUCAGAAUGGCAGCAGCUUUAAGAAUUGGAGACUACAAGCUGAUCACAGGGGCAACUAACAAGGCAAGCAAACACAAGAAAAUAUUCAAGCCCUCCUCACUCGUUAAGCUGUACCACAUCGGGCGUGACCCCAAGGAGCAACACAACAUAGCCCAGUACCACAUGGCCAGGGUCAAGGAGAUGCUGCAGGUACUGCAGGCGUACUACAAGACCUCGGUGCCAGUGACCUAUCCCUUAAGUGACAUAGUGCAGCCACGCAACAGCGCCUGGGGUCCAUGGAGAUAACAGUGGAACAAAUCAUGAAACCCCCCAACCCAACCCAACAUACCACUAACACUCACGGAUAUUGCCAUGCAAAGUUGAUUAAUGACAGAAACCCAGAGCCAGAAACCCAGAAACUGUUCCAGUUCUGACAGUCAAAAAGGCCAAAGAGGAGAAAAUAUUUCAAGUGAGGCUUUCCAGAGCUCAAGUGCAAAGCUAAUCCAAGCAAACCUCACCGGCUAAUCAUCCAAAACUCUUAUUAGACAAAACCGCUUUUAACGGCGAAUAUUGCGUAGGUUUUAAUUAUGUGUUGAAUGUUGCAAACUUGUUUCACAAAGAUGGGUGUAUGAUUAGCAAGUGUCUCUGAGCAAUUAGUCACAGUCACUUUCAGGUAAUACAAAAGGGUAAAGAGACCCUGGGUAAUUU